GAAGUCGACUGAGCUUACUGUCAAUCACAGGCUAAUCUGUGUGUGCGUUACAGAACUGCAUGCUAAAUUGGAGCAUACAGUGUGGAUUCAUAGACCUUCUGAUGUUUUUUAAAAUGUUACAGAAAAACUUAAUUUGACAGCUGCUAAGAGAAGUUCUUCACUAUCUGGCUUAACAUGGAGCUGGGAUAUCCUAGAAGACAAAAUCGAUGGUAUUGGAAAAGGCAAUUAUAAGGAUGAAGUGAAACAAAGAUAGGAAUCUGAUGCACCACAAAUCCACAUUGACAGAAACUGCUGAUUCUAAGAAACACUGGUCUGAAAAGACUGAAAAAGUUAUGGAUUUUAUACAUUAUGAACACUAUUUAGGAGACCAUCCAUGCUUGUGCUUUAAAGGGAAUUUCUAUCUGGAGAUGAAUGCACUUUAAUAUCUGGAACACUUGUUUCUUGCAGUAACAGCUUUUGUGCAGAAUCAAUAUAAACAUCAUGCUCUCUACUAUUUCUUGGAAUAUUAGUGCAGCAUAAAAAGAUCCACAUUUAAGAAGAAAUAAUUCUACCUGCAGAGGUCAGGAAUGGGAUCUACAUAUAACAUGCUCAGUAAUAGCCCCUUAUGGAUUUAUAGUUAGAACAGAAAAUCAAAGAUAAUAUCAUGAUCAGAAGUGGACAUUCUACAGACUCCCAGAUGACUUGUUAUUGAUAAUGAGGCUGAUGGAUGAAAUGUCUGUUCAGAAAGCCCUAAGAAGAAAUAGGCUGUGCAGAGAUGUCCUUAAUUCUGCUUCUUACCAGAUAUGCUGCUGCUGUGGCCCUGCACCCUGUUCAUUCUGUUGUGCCUGCUGUCCCAGUAUUAAGGUUUCAACAGGAACCAGGCUCCUGUACACCCUGUUCCACAUUCUGGCCUCCACAGUCUGCUGCCUCAUGCUCUCCAAGAAAAUGUCAGAGGCUUUCAAAGAACACUUGCCUUGGUUUUCUUCCAUGUGCAAACACCUGCCAGGAGGAAAGGACUGUGACAUGUUUGUGGGCUAUUCAGCAGUAUACCGGGUCUGCUUUGGAACAGCUUCCUUUUAUUUCCUUCACUCGGUUUUUCUUAUGAAUGUGAAGUCCACUCGGGAAUUUAGAGCGAUGAUCAACAAUGGGUUUUGGUUUUUCAAACUCAUAAUUUUAGUUGGAAUGUGUGCUGCAGCUUUCUUUAUACCCAGCGAUUAUUUCAUAAAAGUGUGGCAUUAUGUCGGCGUAUGUGGAGGGUUCUCAUUUGUUCUUAUGCAGUUGAUUCUGAUCACAGCUUUCGCUCACACCUGGAACAAAAAUUGGCUGACUGGUGCAUCCAAAGAUAAGCGCUGGUAUUUUGCUGUAGUAGUUGCAACAUUGAUCUUCUACUCCAUAGCUUCAGCGGCCUUCUAUUUCCUGUACAACUUCUUCACCCACCCAGCUGGCUGUAUGUUGAACAAAGGAAUUAUAGGCAUUAACAUCGUCUUAUGCAUCAUCAUGUCCUUCAUUUCUGUCACCCCUUGUGUACAGAUCAAGCAGCCCCGGUCUGGAUUGCUUCAGGCCUCUAUCAUCAGUUGUUAUGUUACUUACCUCACCUUUUCAGCCCUGUCAAGUCGGCCGCCAGAAAGAGUGCAGUACAAAGGGGAAAAUCUCACAGUGUGUUUCCCAAGCAUCAGCAGAGACGGACUGCAAACAGAAGACGCAUCUAUUGCUAUAAUUGGUGCAGCUAUCAUGUAUGCUUGUGUUUUGUUUGCAUGCAAUGAAGCAUCCUACCUGGCAGAGAUGUUUGGGCCUAUGUGGAUGAUCAAGGUGUACACUUAUGAGUUCAAGAAAGCUUCAUGUUGCUUCUGUUGCUCAGAAGAAGAGGAGGAACGAGAAGGACAGAAGAGUGAAGAAAUGGAGGAUAAUAGUGGCGGACAGACAGUGAUAUAUGAUGAAUGCGAGCGAGUGGUCUACAGUUACUCCUUCUUCCACUUCGUUUUUGUUCUUGCCUCUCUCUAUGUGAUGAUGACGCUUACCAACUGGUUCAGCUAUGAAAAUUCUACUCUGGAAACAAUCUUUACUCAUGGCAGCUGGCCCACAUUCUGGAUCAAGGUGGCAUCUUGCUGGACCUGCGUCAUCCUUUAUUUAUGGAUACUGCUGGCACCAACUUGCUUUUCUGGGACAGGCCAAAGCCAGAGAAGUGGCUCAACACGUAUACUGAGAAGGAGGCAAUUGAGGAAAGUGACUGUGUUACAAUGAUACCUCCCAUUGUCUGCAGCUGCUACACAGUCUGUAGAUAGGGUUGCUACAUUUUUUACAAAAAACAUCAACUUUCCUAUAUUUUUUUCUUUUUAUCCUAUUAAUAACAUUGUCAUUAAAGGAGAAGGAAAGCUACA